AUGGCUGCUGAAGAUGCACCAGCGCAAAAGCGCAGCUGGAGGGAAAAAGCCGUCUUCUUUCGCCUGUUUGUCUAUGGCGAGCCUAGCAGAUCAGACAUCGCACUCCUUGUACUCGGCCUUGUCUCCGCAGUUGCCUCCGGGAUUCCUUUUCCGAUCAUGUCUAUUGUGUUUGGUCAAUUGGUGGAUGAGAUGAACUCAACGACCUGCAACGCCAACGACACCAACGGCGACUCGUACCAAGACAGUAUUAACGAGAAAGUUUUGAUGAUUGUCUAUAUCGGCAUUGCCUACCUCUUUUUGAUCUAUAUUUAUGUGUUUAGCUGGAAUCUGACUGGCGAGAGACUGGCUCAGCGUCUGCGCGAGAAAUAUUUCAAGGCCCUUCUCCGCCAGGAUGUGGCCUUCUUCGACAACCUCCCGGCUGGCGAGGCGUCCUCGAGAAUUACAGGUGACAUUACGACCGUGCAGCAAGGAACUUCUGAGAAGGUCGGCAUCGUGAUCAACAGUCUUGCCUUCUUCGUCACCGCGUACAUCGUGGCUUUCAUCAAAGAUCCCAAGUUGGCUGGAAUGUUGGUCUCCUUGACUCCCGCCUACUUGAUCAUGUCUCUUUUAGGAGGUUAUUUCGUGCAAAGGUAUUUUGGUCGCGCACUAGAUGGCAUGACCACAGCAUCUUCGGUGGCACUGGAGGCUUUUUCUAAUACAAUGGUGGUUCAUGCUUUCUCGGCCAACGCGCGGCUCGAGGAGAAGUUCAUCGAGUUUUUGAACCCGUCCAGGAUUGCCGGAAUUCGCAAGUCAAUUGCCACAGCUACUCAGGCAGGUUUGCUUUACUUUAUCGCUUUUUCGGCCAAUGCAUUGGCGUUCUGGCAGGGGUCUACGCAAAUUGCGGAUUCGGUAGAGUCCGAUGCUGGCGGCAUGACAGUCGGGGCAACAUAUACUGUGAUUUUUAUUUUAGUGGAUGCGUCCUUGAUCCUCAGCACAGUGGCACCUUUCAUCCAAAGCUUCGACGCCGCUUCGGUUGCCUUCACAAAAUUGAAGGCUGAUAUAGAGCACAAAUCCACAAUUGAUGGCACUGCGAAGGAUGUUGGACAAGUCUUGUCUGAGGUCAAGGGCCAUGUGGAGUUGCGCGACGUCUCAUUCCGCUUCCCUUCUCGACCAGACAAGCCAGUGCUCCAAAAUCUGUCGCUUUCAUGUCCUGCUGGUCAACAAACUGCCAUUGUCGGCUUGUCUGGGAGUGGCAAAUCCACUGUCGCUGGAUUAGCAGCAAGAUUCUACGACGCGACAGAAGGAACUGUUAUGCUGGACGGACAUGAUGUCAAAGACCUGAACGUGCGUGCAUUGAGGAGUCACAUCAGUCUUGUCCAACAAGAGCCAUGUCUUCUCGAUCGAUCAAUAUUCGAGAACAUUGCCAUGGGCCUGAUCAAUUCCCCUACACACACUCAUCUCCAGCCAAUUCUGACUGGCACUGCGCUAGUUGACAUUGCUGCAGCUGCGAGAGACGGCCAGGCCCUUGUGCCCGCCUCUCUAGAGCACGGUGACCAGGCGCGAGAGGUGGUAGACUUGGUUGAAGGUGCCGCAAAACUGGCUGAUGCCAACGGGUUUAUUGAGAAGCUCCAAGAAGGCUAUGGUACUUCAGUUGGUUCUAGCGGAAACCUAAUCAGCGGCGGACAGAAGCAGCGUAUAUCGUUGGCUCGGGCAUUGGUGAAAGACCCCCGGAUUCUCAUUCUCGACGAGGCCACGGCGUCUUUGGACUCAGCGACAGAAAUGCGGAUCCAAAGAGCCUUGGAGACUGUGGCCGUGGGGCGAACUGUUAUCACCAUUGCCCAUCGUCUGUCUACCAUCCGCAAUGCGGAUAACAUCAUCGUCAUGAGACAAGGAAAACUUGUUGAACAAGGCCGUCAUGUGGAGUUACUGGCAGCCAACGGUGCCUACGCAGAGCUCGUUCGCCUUCAGAACCUCAAUGUCGAGAGUACUCAAGAGGGAACAUCCACCCGAUCGGUGUCGCCUGUGAAUCAAAUAAUAGAGAAGGUUGAACCCUGCCUUUCCGUGGCCGAUGACCUCCGCGAUAAAGAUGAGACUGCCGAUUCCUCUGCUGCGCAAGAUUCCAAGUCCAAAGAAACCGGCGGUGUUGUCGAUACACACAGGUCAUUUUCUUCGACAGCCAGUUCCCUAGGCUCUAUGUUCCGACCGUAUGCAUUUGUUCUGAUCCUCGCCGUGACGGGUGCCGUUGUCAUUGGAGGCACAUACUGUGCUUCGGCGGUGAUAUUUGGUAACGUCGUGGCUAAGCUGAGUGGCUGUGAGGAACCUCAGACUAUCCGCGAUGCUGGAGAGUUCUACGGACUCAUGUUCUUUGUCCUCGCUAUCAUUGAAUUCUUCGCAAAUCUAAUCAGCUGGUCCCUCUUUGGUUGGAUGGCAGAGAAUGUGAUCUACAAAGUGCGAGUUCUUUCAUUGCGAUCCAUCCUCGAGCAGGAUCUCCAAUGGCACGAAUCCAAUGACCGCAACCCAUCGUUACUACUUUCUUUGAUUACCAAGGAUAGCAAUGCUCUUGCAGGCCUGACGGGGUCCGUUGUGUGCACAAUGUUGUCUAUUAUCAUCAACCUAUUCGCUGCCAUCAUCAUGUCGCACAUUAUUGCGUGGCGCAUCGCCAUUGUCUGCCUUGCCGUGGUACCUUUGCUUCUGGGUGCGGGAUGGAUGCGAGUUACCUCAUUGGCACAAUUUGAAGAGCGCCACCUGGAGGCUUUCGCUCGCUCGGUGGGAAUUACAGUGGAGGCUGUCAACUCAAUUAAGACCGUCAUGUCUCUCUCUGUGGAAGAUGAGAUUAUGGGAACAUACCGUCGUUCAUUAGCGGCACCCAUGAAGGAGAUAACUCGCCAAAGUGCCUGGGCCAAUAUCUGGCUUGCCAUCGGGUACGGUCUCAGCAACUUCUUAUAUGGCCUGGCAUAUUGGUGGGGAGCGAAAAACAUUAUUGCGGGUCACUAUUCUCAGACACAGUUUUUCAUCGUCCAGCUAGCGCUGCUCGUCAGCUCACAGCUGUGGGGACAAAUGUUUGCCCUAGCUCCUGAUGUCUCGCGUGCCUUCCAGGCCACCCGCCGGUUGUUAAAUUUGCUAGACCUAGGAUCCACGAAGAAACUGUCAGCCCCAAUCCACACUCUGUCUAGCAAGCUUUCACAGUCUACGAACGAUGUCGAAUCCAUGGCUACCACUCGCGAGAAAGUCGACGACACUCGCAAUGGCAUCAGCGUCUCCCUCAAGCAAGUCCAUUUUGCGUAUCCUGCUCGGCCAGACACUCGUGUACUUCAUGGUUUGGACUUAGAUAUUAAGCCUGGUCAGUUUGCCGCUUUGGUCGGACCUAGUGGUGCUGGAAAAUCUACCAUCAUUUCUCUUGUCGAGCGCCUCUACUCUCCCGAAUCCGGCACCAUCCAUGUUGACGGCCAAGACGUUGCAUACGGUAGCAUUUCCUUCCGCGACUCCAUUGCAUAUGUACCACAGCAGAGUGUUUUGUUUGAGGGAACUAUUCGCUUCAAUCUUGCGCUUGGUGCACGGCCUGGUCACGAAGUUACGCAAGAGGAGUUGGAAGAAGCAUGUCAACUGGCCAAUAUCCACGACGUAAUUGCGCAGCUCCCCGACGGAUACGAUACACACUGUGGGCCAAAUGGUGAUCGUCUGUCCGGAGGCCAGAAGCAGCGACUGGCUAUUGCACGGGCGCUCAUCCGAAAGCCAAAGCUGUUGCUCCUAGACGAGUCAACCAGUGCUUUGGAUGCAGAAUCUGAACGAUUGCUUCAGGAUGGAUUGGAGAAGGCAACUAAAAGCAUGACGGUAAUAGCGAUUGCGCAUCGUUUGUACACGAUUCGUAAGGCGGAUGUUAUUUUCUUGAUUGAGGAUGGACGUUGUGUUGAGCAAGGCACCCACGCCCAGCUGGUCGAGCGGAGUGAGACUUAUAGGGUCAAUGCCCUGAACCAGACAGUAGAUGGAUGA